GAGUUUGUUGUUGGCGGAAAAGCUCCGAAGUCAGAACAACAAACUGUUUCACACAGCCGCAGACUGAGUUAUAGUGAUAUAUUUAAGUGUUAACCGGUGAAACAUUAGCUCAUGACUGUACGGUGGUUUCAGGAAAUGUUCAUUUAAAGAAUUAUUGCACUUAACGAUCAACUAAAGCGAUGGAGUUGUCUCCUGUCUGCACUGACGGCAUCAGCACAGAUGGAUGUAACGUUAUUAAAUCUGACAGAGGUCACCGGAGAAGCAAAGUCUCAAGGGAUGUGGAAAUAGAUAUUGACUUGCUCUACAAAGCCGUCCCUCAGCUGGCCAAGGUUUUCCGCAUCAUAGACAAAAUCGGAGAAGGGACGUUCAGUUCGGUGUAUCUGGGUGAGGCUCAGAUGCGGGAUGGGAAAAGAGAGCUGUUUGCCCUGAAGCACCUCAUCCCAACCAGCCAUCCUACACGCAUCGCUGCUGAGCUUCAAUGUCUUACUGUUGCUGGAGGCAGAGAAAGUGUGAUGGGGGUGACUUAUUGCUUCAGGAAGGAGGACCACGUGGUGAUUGUCAUGCCCUAUAUGGAGCAUCAAGCUAUUGUGGACAUUAUUGGCUCACUGAGCUUUGAAGAGGUCCGUCUGUACAUCUAUCACCUGUUGAAGGCUCUGAGACACAUCCACCAGUUUGGUAUCAUUCAUAGAGACAUCAAACCAAACAACUUCCUCUAUAACAGGAGCAGCAAAAUGUAUGCACUGGUGGACUUCGGCCUGGCUCAGGGGACAGCAGACACCCAGAUUGAGCUGCUGAAGGUGGUGAGGCAGAGGACAUCACAGAAAGGUGGCGGGUCCACAGGGAAACAAGACACCACACAGCGGAGUAAACCACAACCUAAACUCCCUCCCAAAACCACCACAGCCUCGACCUCACUACCUCCGAGAACCACAACCUUGCCACCUUCCUCCUCCUCUUCCUCCACCACCACCACAUCCUCCUCGGCCACUCGAAAGGCGCUGGUUAAAAAAGCACGUUCUGUCACCACCACCACAACCGUCACCACCUCCACCUCUCGCACAAAGCACACAAAGGAUUUGACAGGACUCCGCAAAGUGCCACGGCCUGUGUUUGGAGAGAGGAACCUGAACAGCUGCACUGCAGCUCCAUCCACCACCAAACAAACUGCCAUUAAGACCGAGUUGGUAAAGCCAAGCAAAACAGAGGACCCAGCCAGCCGAAGGUACUCUUCAGCCAGCCGGGGCCCGCUUCCUGUCAGGACCCAGAACGCCAGUCAGAAACCUCAGAAGGCCGUGCAGCAGGGCCUCACCUGUAACUGCUACAUGACCGACCGUGUCUGCAACAUCUGCCUGUCCAGGAAGCAGCAGGUGGCUCCCAGGGCUGGAACUCCAGGUUUCAGAGCACCAGAAGUCCUCACAAAGUGUCCCAACCAAGGAACAGCCAUAGACGUGUGGUCAGCUGGUGUGAUCCUGCUCUCACUGCUCAGUGGUCGUUACCCAUUCUUCAAAGCCAGCGAUGACCUGAUCGCCCUCACUCAGAUCAUGACCAUACGAGGCUCCAGAGAGACCAUCCAGGCUGCCAAAGCAUUUGGCAAGGCUGUGGUGAGCAGCAGAGAGCUGCCUCGGCAGGACCUCAGGACACUCUGCGAGACUCUGAGAGGACGAAGGCCAUCACCAGACGAUGAAGUCACACCGCUUCCCGAGGCCAGCAAAGACUCCACUGCCAUCAGUCAUCACAAAAUCCAAGAUGAUACACCCACACACCGUCCCGCUGAAGGAACAUUCAAGCAACACGAACACGAAGCAGGUGAAACUGCUUCAUCUCUACCAAACCACCAGGAACAUUCAGGGAACACAGGAACCCCUCGCCUCAUCAAACAGAGCUCAGAGACGAACUGUAAGGUGGAGGAAGAUGAGCGGGGCUGGGACAGAGUUCCUGAUGAGGCCUACAAGCUGCUGGACCGACUGCUGGACCUGAACCCUGCCACCAGGAUCACAGCUGCUCAGGCCCUGCAGCACCCGCUGUUCAAAGACCUGUGAGACCGCAUGCUGUCACGGGACCAGGAGUCUCACGUCAAAACAACUUAAGCUUAUUCUCUGCAGGAAUUAUUGGGUACUUGUGAUCAGUCUCACCAGUGAAGAUGAAAGACAAUUCCAGAUGCACGUGUUUUGUAACGAGCUUAGUCCACUUAGCAUUAAUGCUGCAUUUCAUUUACCCUGGAAGUUGGAGCUGGGAAUGACGUCACACCCAAGUUGACCGCAUUCAAGUCAGGAAACCAAGAUGUUGUACUAGUUGGUAAUGUGUUACGCUGUAUUUUGCGCAUACAAACGCUGUAGCAACAAGUUUACAGACAGAAGUUGGACAGGACUGUGUGUGCGACUGUUUUAAUGUGGCACAAUAAGACAGAAGCGUUAAUAAACAUAUUCAGCAUUCACUACUGUUUAUGCACAGAGUAGCCAUCUUGGAUUUUUAGGUUGGGUUUGGUGAGGCUCUGCUGGCUUUUGGAGUCAGAAAUACAACUUCAUGGAGAAUUUGGAAACUUUUACUUCCAGUGCAACUGUAACGCACUGAAAGCUUCACUCUGUCCAUGAUUUCUGUGGUUUCCUCUUGGAUGCCUGCUGCUUACGUUUUGGCACCUGGCCUUUUCCUUUUUAUAAAGCUCCAACCUCACCUGUGUGCAGCACAGAGUCUGAUAAGUCUGAUGUUUUAAGCAAAGUGGAGAGAAGUUUACAUCCCUGUUUGGUUAAAUUACCUGAACACCACAACUGAUACAUCUCUGUGUGGGGAGAAAACAUUUCCUCUCAAUUUUCUCUCUCCCACUGACCCAUUAAAUGGUUCAUAGAUUUUAAUAUGACUAUCAAUUUAUGACAGGUUUGACUUGCUGGUGCACACACCUGCAGUUCAUGGCAGCUAUGGUACAAAGUACUUUCAAAAUGGGCAUUUUAAAGGGCUCUGGAUGUGCACUGUUAACUAUAACGAAGAGACAGGAAGGGUAUUGACUUGAGCCAGACUAUUGGCUUUUGUGUCGAUGGUUGGUCGGUUUUACAGCUGAAGGUACCCGAUUUUCUCUGUGGAGACACGGAAUCGGCAAGUUACAGCUGCACACUGUCUGGUUAUAUUGGUUUUUAUUUUUACACUCUGCAUUUUUACUUCAAAGGCCAAAAGAGAAGAAUACAAAACGUAAGGGAUCUUGUUACUGUGGGCUGUCUGCUAUAGUGGUUCCGAACUGGUCCAGAUUUCUCCGUAGUCAUUAGUUCAAGGUCCACACAGUUUGAUAUUUAGUGUCAUACUUUUAUUUGGCCAUGUGGUUGGCUGGUUCGCUGUUUCUAUUAAGCAGCUGUCUGUUAGUCACUCACUCUACAGCAGGAAACAGCACUUUCAAUAAAAGCUUGUGCCAAAAAUUCACUGUGCUUCAAAAUAUAGUGUGUUUUUUACAAACUUGACAUGUUUCAGAGUCACUUGUGGUCCAUUCAGAAUGGACCUGAGACCCACCAGUUGGGAACCACUGAGCCAGAAGUUCAAGUUUUUUUUAUAUAAAGGAGAAAAACCUUGUUUAACACUUCGUCAUAGUCUGAACUGGGUCUUGUAGAGAGGGGAUAGUCUGUAUGCUUUACUUUUGUCACUGCUGCCAAAUCAGCAUAUUACUGCCAUAUGAAACGACUAUUUCUAAAGUAUAAAAGGGCUUUUAAUAUAAAGCUGCCUAUGAAUUCCAUCUGUAUUUUAUAAAUUGUGUGUGAAUAUAGCUGUAUGAGAAUGUGUCUGUUGUAGAUGUGUUAAUUUAUAACACUCUAAAGUGGAUUUUCUAAUAAA